AUGUAUCUUAACAAUAUGUUUGUGGAAGCGGAAAUUAAAUUACAUGUCAUUUAUACUACUGCGGAAGAGAAAAUAGAUUUAUGUUGUCCUUCAACAACUCCAUUCAGUUUCUGUCUCUGUUUCUUUUUCCUUCAUUUUCGUCUAAUUUUUUUAUUGUGGAAAGACACUCAAAUAUCUUCACCAACCGACCAAGUAGUAGCGCAUCUCAUGAUUAUUCCUAGAAAAUUUGUAGCUUGA